AUGCUUGAAGGACAGGCUAGAAUAGUCAUUAGUGGCGGAGGACAGGGUAUCGGGCGAGCAUUAGCGCGCCAUUUUGUGUCGCGUGGCCACAAGAUAUUCAUCCUCGACAUCAACGAAGACAAUGUCAAACACACGGCGGAAGAACACUUGAAGGAGUACGCCGACCAAGUUUCGUGGUCCAAAUGCGACUUGCGGAAUGUUGGUGACAUCCGCUCGACCAUCGACAAGGCCGCGAAGUUCCUCAACGGGCGCAUCGACUUUUUGAUCAACAAUGCCGGAAUCUCGCAUCCAUACUGGCCCGACGGGAAGACCAUGGCCGAUCCUUCUGUGCUGGACACGUGGCAGGCGUACGUCGAGACGAAUCUGACCGGGCCUUUCGUAACGUCUCAAGCAUGUAUCCCGUACAUGAAAGUCGAACAGCAACAGGACAAACAGAAACUGCCCGACUCCAGUGUCGGCCGCGCUGGGCCAUGCAUCAUCCAUGUCAGUAGUUUCCGGGCGCUGAUUUCAGACCCAAACCAGGAAGGGUAUGCUUCCUCAAAGGCGGGCUUGCUUGGCCUCACGCAAAGCAUGGCCAUUUCGAUGCAGUCUUUCGGAAUCCGCGUCAACAUGGUGUCACCUGGGCGCAUCAAGGUCACUCAUGAGAACCCUUCUGGGGAUGAGACUGGCGACGGUUGGGAAAACGCCGAGGACGACGUCGACACUCACCCAGUCAAUCGAGCAGGCAUGCCGGAGGAUAUCGCCGAAGCAUGCGAGUAUCUUCUCGGCGCCGGGUUCGUGACGGGACAGAAUCUCAUUGUCGAUGGAGGUGUUUCAAAAGUUAAAGGCAAGGCGUAA